AUUAAUAAAUGUGUUAAACAUUCAGCCAAAAUACUAUGCAACUUGAGGAGAAAGAGAGAAAGGAGAAAGAACGUCGAAAUGAGAUUAUUUCUGAAGCUGAAGAAUACAAGCGUGCUUUUUAUGAGAAGAGGAAGUUGAACUGUGAAACAAACAAGACACAGAACAGAGAAAGAGAAAAGCUAUAUUUGGCCAACCAGGAAAAGUUCCACGCAAAUGCAGAUAAACAGUAUUGGAAAGCAAUUGCGGAGCUUGUCCCUCAUGAGAUAGCCAACAUCGAAAAGAGGAGAGGAAAAAAAGAGCAGGAUAAGAAGCCUUCAAUCACUGUGAUCCAGGGUCCUAAACCUGGGAAGCCCACUGAUCUUUCCAGGAUGCGCCAGCUAUUGGUGAAGCUGAAGCAUACUCCCCCACCGCACAUGAAGCCACCACCACCACCUGCACCGGAACCAGCCAAGGAUGUCAAAGAUGGUGCUGCUGCUGCUGCUGCGGCUAAACAAACCUCAUCACCAGCCAAGGAUGCCAACGACGGUGCUGCUGCUGCAGGAAAACAACCCUCAUCACCGGCUAAGGAUGCCAAAGCUAAUGGAACCACUGCCUCACCAAAGGAAGAGAGCCCCAAGUUAGAAGAGCAAGCAGACAAAGCGCCAGCACCGACCCCCGAUGCUUGAAUCCAUAAAAUUGCAUUGACUUAACCUAUCUGGCUAGAACUGUUGAUUUCAUCCUCUAGAAUAAGGUGUCAACGUUCAAUCUGGUUCAAUCUGCUCUUAAUUCUUCCAGUUGAUGGACCCUCAUGUUAUGAUUGGGUCAUUGAAAUUUGCUUAGCAGCAUAAGAACAUUAUAUCUUUUUAUUUUACUUAACGGGUUGUAAUAUUUUUUUAUCCGUUGGACAUCUUGGGGCUGACGGGAUGCUUGAACUUUUGAUUAUUAGUUCUUGUGCCUCAAAUUGAUGGGCAUGAACUUUUAA